AUGGCAGAGCAGAAACCAUGUCUAUUGAGCCUACCACUGGAACUCCGAGAAAUGAUCUGGCGAGACGUCCUGGUCGAACCCGAACCAAUCUUUACCUGCCUGGCCCAACAUGCAGUCACCCGACCCAGAGAUUCGUCCAAGCGCGCACGUAUCCGCGCAUUCUGGAGCGAUCGGUACUCCCGGACGCCCACCGCCCCGGAGACGAAAGUCUCGCUAUGGCCAAGACUACCAACCUUAUCGCGAGUCAGCGCCCAGCUACGUCGAGAGGCACUCGAGGUGUUCUUCCGGGACAACGUGUUCCUGUUCCGGCUGGACUGCCAUAUGUCUGACCAUGAUGUCCAGCGGUGGCAGGACUCGCUGAUGGCGCAGUGGUCGCCGAAGAUGCUCGGUGCGCACCUUUUCAAAUCAUGGACGUUGAGGCUAGAGUUCAUGGUGCAGAGCCAGACGGGCGGGAUGCGGCAGCCCACGGCGAUCGACUGCAAGUUGGGCGCCGCCGAUCGACUCCUCCUCAGCUUCAGCGGCGCGUUGGAGCAGGAAUGUACGUGUCGGUGUCGUGACGGCGCCGAGGGUCUCAGUAGUGAACUUGCUACGGCGGAGGCUGGUAGUGCCACGACGCUUGCGCGAUUCGCCACGCUGGUGGAGGAACAGAUGAAGUCUGAUUGGGAACGCCGAGGCCGAAGGAUGACUCCACCUUGUCCCUGCGUGCGAUGCGGUCUCAUGAGGUCGGAGAAGAGGACGCCGGAUGAGCUGAAGAGGUACUCGGAUCAGUAUUGGAAGGCUCUUGGAGCUAGUCAGACGGUGAUGGAGCCGAUGAAUUAUCGUAGUGGUGGCAGACUUGUGGUGUAG